GUUUCCUAGCGGAAGCAGCGCGGAGAGCGGUGGCUGUCUUUGGUCGCUAUGGCGAGUCUGGUGCGGGACCCGGCCAUCGACCGCUCGCUGCGCUCCGUCUUCGUUGGAAAUAUUCCAUAUGAAGCUACAGAAGAACAAUUGAAGGAUAUUUUCUCUGAAGUUGGCCCAGUAUUGAGUUUCAGGCUUGUGUAUGACAGAGAAACUGGUAAACCCAAAGGCUAUGGCUUCUGUGAAUACCAAGAUCAGGAGACAGCACUCAGUGCCAUGCGCAAUCUCAAUGGGAGGGAAUUUAAUGGAAGGGCACUGCGAGUGGACAAUGCUGCUAGCGAAAAGAAUAAAGAAGAGCUCAAGAAUUUGGGCACUGCAGGCCCUGUCAUGGAAUCUCCUUAUGGAGAUCCAGUCUUGCCUGAAGAUGCUCCAGAAUCCAUCAGUCGUGCUGUGGCCAGUCUACCACCUGAGCAAAUGUUUGAACUCAUGAAGCAAAUGAAGCUCUGCAUUCAGAACAGUCCUCAGGAGGCUCGUAAUAUGCUUUUACAGAACCCGCAACUGGCAUAUGCACUCCUACAGGCACAAGUUGUUAUGAGAAUUGUGGAUCCUGAAAUUGCAAUGAAAAUGUUACAUCGACCAGCCAACGUUACACCACUGAUUUCUUCUAGCCAACCUGUGGCAGGCCCAAAUGCUCCAGCAGCUCAGGCUGCUACCCCAGUCUCCCAACCACAGCCUAUGAGUGGAAUGCAUGUGAAUGGGGCACCAUCCUUAAUGCAACCACCAAUGCAAACUGCAGUAUCUGUUCCUGGACUCGGACCCGUACAAGGACCAGGUGGGCCAGGGCUAGGGCCUGGGCCCGGGCCAGCACCUGGACCAGGACCAGGACCAGGACCAGGACCCGUUGGACCUGGAGGAAACAUGCAGCCUCAGAUGGGUCUUGCUCCUUCAGGACUGGUGCCAAUGGACAGAGGACAAGGAAAUAUGCACUCACCUGUGGCCUCCGCAGGGACUGCACAGAUCGAGAGAGGACAAGUCCCUAUGCAGGACCCCCGAGGCAACAUGCAACGGGGUCCCCCUGUAGGUGUGCCUCCAGCUCCAAGAGGGUUGCUUGGAGAUGCACCAAAUGACCCGCGUGGAGGGACUUUGCUUUCUGUCACUGGGGAGGUGGAACCAAGGGGGUAUAUUGGGCAACCACAUCAGGGACCACCCAUACACCAUGUUCCUGGCCAUGAUGGUAGAGGACCUCCAGAACUUAGAAAUGCCCAUGAACCACGGGGCAUGCAACAUGACAUGAGACCAGGGCCAAUGGGAGAACAGAGGGGACCCAUUGGUGAACCAAGGGGCCCCAUGGGUGAACCACGUGGGCCACUUGUUGAACCAAGGGGGCCAAUGGGUGAUCCAAGAGGGAUGAUGGGAGAUCCAAGGGGCCCAAUGAUGGAUCAGCGUGGACCUCCUCAUGAAUCUAGAGGUACAUUUGAUCCCCGCAGCAUCCCACCUCACGAUUCUCGACAUGGACCUCAGCAUGAUCCACGCUCCCAACCUCAUAUUGCUCAGCAAGACCCUCGUGGAGGGUCUUAUCCGAAUGCACAUCAACUAAAUGCACCCAUGGGUGCAAGAGAUCCCAGAGGUAUUGAUUCGAGAGGUAUUGACACCAGAGGACUAGGGCCUGGCCCAGGACCAGGACCAGGACCAGGACCAGGACCAGGACCAGGACCAGGACCAGGUCCAGGUCCAGGUCCAGGUCCUGGACCAAGCCAGGGCCCAGUCCCAAAUCCAAGGGGACCAAUAGCAGGAGGACUACAAGUUCAAGGUCCAGGUACCCAUCAGAUAGGGCAAGGUGGCCCUCAAGGAUCACAGCAACCUGUUCCACCUCGACAGGGCCUUGCUCACCCGGUGGCUGCAGGUCAACCUGGAGGAUUCAGUCCUGCUCAGACUCAAGUGACACCACAAGACCAUGAAAAGGCUGCAUUGAUCAUGCAGGUUCUCCAGCUAACUCCGGAACAGAUCGCCAUGCUACCCCCAGAACAGAGACAGAGCAUCCUUAUCCUGAAAGAACAGAUUCAAAAAUCUGCAGGAGCUCCUUGAGAAUGGAUAUUUUGUGGACUGUCAACUUCUCAAGGAAAAUUAUUUCUCUGGUUACCUAUUACAUUGGCAGUGUAAAAUGCGGAGUUGUCCUUUGCUCCAACUCAUUGAAGGAGGGAAAAUCCUAAACAUACUUCAUGAUAUGGUUACACUUAUUCUCGGAAUGUGUUUCCUUUACCCUUUUUGUUAAGAAAAUCAUCACAAAGCUUUGAUGCAUUGAAUAUAUGGGACGAGAGAAAGACAUUUGAAAAACUAACAGGAAUGUUUUGUGGGUAUAUUAGGGGUUUAAAGAUUUUUUUAGGAAAAAAAUGAACGUACGUACUUCAUGUAAUGUUAGAUGUGGUAUUACAUUGGGUUAAAAAAAGGAAAAUGGAGCACGGGCAGAUUUUUGUGUGUUUUCUGGAUAUAUUAAAUCUCUACAUUUGCCCACCAUAAAAACAUGCUCCAUUUUAUCCACAAGGUAGCAGUUUUACCACUGAACUGAUGCUUUCUGUUUUUCAUAAUGUUAUGUUUAUUUCUAUACCCACCCCUCUUUUGAAAACAGGUUGCAGCUAAAACCAUUGAGAUUUUUUAUGAUUAUUAGCAUUAAGGUUCAGUUCUGUUCUUGGUUGCUAUUGAAUAUGUUGGAGAAAUGUGACACUUGCAAAUUUAAAAAAAACCGAAAAUAAAAUUCAUCUCCAUGUCCAUA